UUUGUGCGCUCCUUUCUAUAGGUAACCUCUAGCAGAGAGUGGGUAAGGUAGCAUUGUGGGACAAAAAGGGGCCCGAGGUAUAAAAGGAGGUGUAAAGUGUGUUGGCAGCGGUGACACGCUCACAUCCAUCUGACCAUGGGAAAGAUUGUCUUCUACGAAGGCCGCAACUUCCAGGGCCGCCACUGGGAGUGCAGCAGCGACUGCACGGACACCUUCCGGCACUUCAGCUGCUGCAACUCGGUCCGGGUGAGCGGCGGUCACUGGGUGGCCUACGAGAAGGCCAACUACUCGGGCUACCAGUACAUCCUCAGCCCGGGAGAGUACCCCGACCACCGCACCUGGAUGGGCUUCAACAACUGCAUCCGCUCCUGCCAGAUGUUCCCCCCCUACCGAGGAUCGUACAAGAUGAGGAUCUACAACCGGCCGGACAUGGCGGGACAAGCCAUGGAGUUCAUGGACGACUGCCCCGACCUCUACGACCGCUUCCGCUCCCACGACAUCUACUCCUGCAACAUCAUGGAGGGUUACUGGGUCUUCUACGAGCACCCCAACUACCGGGGACGCCAGUACUUCCUGCGGCCGGGCGAGUACAGGGCCUGCGGCGACUGGGGCUGCCACCACCCCAUGGUGGGCUCGCUCCGCAGGAUGAAGUCCCUCAAUAUUAUAUUCUACGAGGACCGCAACUUCAAGGGCCGUCACUAUGAGUGCAAAAGUGACAGCCCGGAAAUGCAGAACUACUUCAGCCGCUGCAACUCGAUACGCGUGGAGAACGGCUGCUGGGUGGCCUACGAGAAGCCCAACUACGGCGGUUACCAGUACAUGCUGCACAAGGGCGACUACCCCGACUACCAGCGCUGGGCCGGCUUCAACGACUGCAUCCGCUCCUGCCGUAUGGUUCCACCCUACAACGGCAGCUACAGGAUGAAGAUCUUCGAGCGCUCCGAUUUCGGAGGCCAGAACAUGGAGCUAAUAGAAGACUGCCCCGAUCUGAACGAGCGCUUCCACACCCACGACAUCUCCUCAGUCAACGUGAUGGAGGGGUAUUGGAUGCUGCACGAGCACCCCAACUACAGGGGGCGCCAGUACUUCCUGCGCCCCGGCGAGUACCGCAGGCACAGCGAGUGGGGCAGCGCCAGUCCUACCAUCGGCUCUCUGAGGCGCGUCACCGAGGUCAAUUGAUUCCAAAUGUAUUUAUUUUUACCCUGACUGAGCGUUUGCACCCUUCUGUUCCUAAAGCCUGCCAUGUUUCACUGCAGUCUUUAUUGUAAUCUGUGUUUUGUAGUUCAGUAUUGUCGCCACCCAAACCAGUUGCCAGGACGUUUCCAAGCAAAACAGCCCUACUGGAAUCACAACAAAUAAUAAAAAACUUCAUAAAAGUCAA